ACAGCGACGCACCGAGGUCGGGCACACGGCAGGGGGAGGAUGGGCUCCGCUUCGUCCUCCUACCGGGUCAUCUACCUGGACGUGGACGGCAGGAUUCAGAAGGUGGUCUUCAGCAGAUUCUGCAGCCCCUGUGACAUUAAGGAGCUGUUCUGCACAGCACUGGGUGUACCAAGGAACACCAAUCUGUCCCUGCUGGAUUCGUCCGGAGCCAUGGUGUCCAUCGACCCGACCAUGCCGCACAACACAGAGAGGUCACCUUAUCGAGUAGUGCCAUUGACCGGUGGGCAACUAGCAGAUAAAGAGGAACUCUUUCAGAAUGUACUAACACAAGUUGCAGAGCAGUUUUCAAGAGCAUUCAAGAUCAAUGAGCUGAAGACUGAGGUCACCAACCGUCUAGCCAUGUUGGAGAAGAGAGUGGAGUUGGAGGGCAUGAAGGUGGUGGAGAUUGAGAAAUGUCGCAACGACAUCAAGAAGCUUCGCGAGGAGAUGGUGUCCAGGAACAACAGCAAUUUCCUGGAAGACAAUAAGAAGCUGACUCCUCGUAGAGACGUUCCUUCCUAUCCUAAGUACCAUCUAUCUAAGGAGACCGUAGAAGCUCUCAGACUCCCUGCGUUCGAUGCCUGGCAGUGGGAACCCAAUGAGAUGCUGACCUGUCUGGAACACAUGUACCACGACCUGCGGUUGGUCAAAGACUUCAACAUCAACCCCAUCACGCUCAAGAGAUGGCUGCUGUGCAUUCAUGACAACUACAGGAACAAUCCCUUCCACAACUUCCGCCACUGCUUCUGUGUCACUCAGAUGAUGUACAGCAUGAUCUGCCUGUGCAACCUACAGGAGAAGUUCACUCAGGUGGACAUCCUAAUCCUCAUGACUGCUGCUGUGUGUCAUGACCUCGAUCACCCUGGGUUCAAUAACACGUAUCAGGUGAAUGCCAGGACCGAGCUGGCCGUUCGCUACAACGACAUCUCCCCUCUGGAGAACCAUCACUGUGCCGUGGCCUUCCAGAUCUUCUCCCAGCCAGACUGCAACAUCUUCGCCAACUUCGAUCCUGAGGCCUUCAAGCAGAUCAGACAGGGAACCAUCACGCUGAUCCUGGCCACGGACAUGGCGCGACAUGGAGAGAUCCUCGACUCCUUCAAGCAGAAAGUGGACAGCUUCGACUACUCAGACGAGGAGCACGUCACCUGUCUGAAGAUGGUUCUCAUCAAGUGCUGUGACAUUUCCAACGAGGUGCGUCCCAUGGAGGUGGCCGAGCCCUGGGUGGACUGUCUGCUGGAGGAGUACUUCAUGCAGAGUGACAGAGAGAAGUGUGAGGGUCUUCCCGUGGCUCCGUUCAUGGACAGAGAAAAGGUCACGAAGCCCACCGCCCAGAUCGGCUUCAUCAAAUUCGUCCUCAUCCCCAUGUUUGAAACUGUGAUGAAGCUGUUCCCACAGAUCGAAGAGGCGAUGGUGCAGCCGCUCCGAGAGUCAAGAGACCGAUACGAGGAGCUCAAGCAGAUCGACGACGCCAUGAAUGAGGUGCAGAAGAAGAAGAGCGAAAACUUGACCAUGGGAGGGAAGAAGAAGUAAAGGGUUUGGAAAAGUGGAAGUAGAGUCAGAGUGAAGCACUGUGACCACAGAGGGAGCCGGAGUGGCGCUCCACCCUCCGAGAGCCGGCAGAGAACCUGCGCAGUGUGUUCUGUAGAUUUCCAGGGCGUCGCAGGACAAAGGCGUUGUGUGUUUUGAGGCGGCGUUACAGACCACUGAAGGUCUCCGUGACCACACAAGACAAUCCAAAGUCUUCAUCAGGGAUUUCAGCAUUUGUACCGCACAGUCAACAAUAUUUGGAUUUGUACCUUGAAACGGUUUUUUUCCUUUUUUUUUUUUUUUGUUUAAAUUUUUAGUGUGUGGGUUUUUUACAAAUUGUACAGAUUUUUAGUCACGUUUGUUCUUUCCUACAAA